AGUCACAUUUCUUAUUUGGACUAGUGAAGACAGAAGCAAACCAGCUCACUUGUUUCCUGGGACAGUUGAUUUAGGGGAUGGCUUUCGCAGAGCAAACACCUCUGACCCUUCACCGCCGGGACCUCUGUAGCCGUUCUAUCUGGCUAGCAAGGAAGAUUCGUUCAGACCUGACUGCUCUUAUGGAAUCUUAUGUAAAACAUCAGGGCCUGAAUAAAAAUAUCAACCUUGACUCAGUGGAUGGUGUACCAGUGGCAAGCACUGAUCGUUGGAGUGAGAUGACUGAGGCAGAGCGACUCCAAGAGAACCUCCAGGCUUACCGUACCUUCCAAGGGAUGUUAACCAAGCUCUUAGAAGACCAGAGAGUACAUUUCACCCCAACUGAAGGUGACUUCCAUCAGGCAAUACAUACUCUUAUGCUCCAAGUUUCUGCCUUUGCCUACCAGCUAGAGGAGUUAAUGGUGCUUCUGGAACAGAAGAUCCCUGAAAAUGAGGCUGAUGGGAUGCCUGCCACAGUUGGAGAUGGUGGUCUCUUUGAGAAGAAGCUAUGGGGCUUGAAGGUCCUUCAAGAGCUCUCACAGUGGACUGUGAGGUCUAUCCAUGACCUUCGUGUCAUUUCUUCUCAUCAGAUGGGAAUCCCAGCACUUGAGAGCCAUUAUGGGGCCAAAGAUAAGCAGAUGUAGCCAUUCGCUCAUACCUCUGUCUCCCUUUUUGAUCUAAUGAAAUAUUGAUAGUUCCCUGGAGCCUAGUUUUCUCAGCAUCAAUUUUGGAACACUUUAGACCACAUGCAUUUCAUCAAGUAGGGUUGGCCCACAUAUGAAUAGAUAGAUAUACAUGGUUAUUCUGGCUAUGCAAAUGUGUGCACCCAUUUUGUUUGCAUUGGUGGUAUAAUAAAUGAUGCCACUAUCCUUUCACCAUAGUAGUGCUUUAACCUUCCUGAUACUAAGUAACCUUUUCAGGUGUUUAACAGUCUUACAGGCAGAAGAGAAAUUGUAACUCGUUUUGGUUGACUUCUGAAAAGACUGAAUAAACAAAUUGGAAGUCCUAGACUAUCUUCAUUCAAACUACCCGAAUAAAAAGAGUAUUGUUGUACAGAG